CGCCAUUGUUGCAGGAUGCCCGUCAGAGAGAGCACAACUCGGGUGAGAAGUUGAGGGUUCUAGGACUCUGCGAGAAGUUUGGUCAACCCAGUCGGACGCGCAUGAAUACACAGUGAAGCUAAGGUAACCAAUUGGUAGGAGGCGGCUGAGUGCGCAGACUCUGGCGCAGAUGCUGGUACCGAGAAAGAGUGCGUCACUCUCAAUAAUGGGAGGUGUUCCGGUUCGAACGGCAAUUUGCUCUCGAAUCCGCAGUUACUCCGCUGCACCCAAACAUUUCUCCUCUCAUCACUCACGAUUCUUCGAGGAGCAUGGACGCGAUGAUUGUCCCCUCCUUCUUCGAUCCUCCUCUGUCAUGAUUCUGCUAUUGAUGCAGGUGUGCGUGAAGUGCCUGCGACCGCCCCAGAUCUCAAUUCUCCCUUGACCGAGUCCGAUCGGGAUCGAUACGAUCAACUUCACGGUACCUCUCUAAAGAUAACAUAUCGAACGGUGCGAGAGAAACUGCAACUACGGCUCAGGGCGACAAAAAUGCACGAUCACCAUCGAGCAUGGACUGGAGAGAGGCGGAGGAGGGGAGGUGAUGAGGAGGAGCUGACGGAGAUGGCUGUCCCGCCCCCAGCUCAGCCAGAAGACCCCAGACGUCCUUCGCUAGAAGAUGUUGAACGCCGGCUAAGUCGACACUAUACAGCAGAUCGAAGCGAAGCACUGGGCGAAUUGGCGGCACCUGAACCCCUUCCGUCAGGUGAAAAACCGAGUGAUGAAGAAAGUGGAGCUCAUCGCCCAAGUCUGGAGGAGGCGCAACAAGAGGAGGAGGGCGAGGAGGGCGAGGAAGGCGAGGAAGGGACCAAGGCCCUGGAAUCCACCCAUUCAUAUAUCGCGACAGAGGUUUACAUAAUCUCUUGGUUGGUUUUGUUUUCGCUCUUUGGGACUUUGGCACGAUUGGGAGUCGAAGCUAUCACAUUGUAUCCGAAUUCACCUUUUGCCAGCCGGGUACUAUGGGCCAACCUGGGAGGCUCGUUCUUCCUUGGCUUUCUUACGGAAGACCGUCAACUGUUCCGAAACGAAUGGGGGUCAGGGGACCCCAGUGCACCAGCAUCGGACCAUAUCAAGGUCAAAAAGACCAUUCCACUCUACAUCGGCCUUGCUACGGGUUUCUGUGGCUCCUUCACGUCAUUUUCCUCCUUCAUCCGCGACUGCUUUUUGGCCUUGACGAAUGAUCUCGAGUCGCCUUCGCCGACCUUACCCUACCACGUGGACCCGGUUAUUGCGCAUAGGAGUGGCGGUUUUUCAUUCUUGGCCCUCCUCGCCAUCUUGAUAGUUCAUCCGGCCAUCUCUUUGGCAGGGUUGAUGGUGGGUGCACAGUUAGCUCUGGUGCUUCAACCGGUCACGCCAACGCUACCAUUCGCAUUCUGUCGCAAAGUCCUGGAUCCGUUGGGUGUCAUUCUUGGCUUUGGCUGCUGGCUUGGAGCAGUCUUUUUGGCUAUUUGGCCCGCGGGGAAUGACAUCCACUGGAGGUUCCGGGCGGUUUUUCCGCUGGUGUUCGCACCACUGGGCUGUCUCCUUCGCUUCUACGCGUCCAAGCACAUGAACGCUAUCAUACCAUCCUUUCCGCUGGGCACAUUCGCUGUCAAUAUUUUUGGAACAGCAAUCCUAGGCAUGGCGUUUGAUUUGCAACACUCGAGCACCAUCGCCGCCUCCGGGUCCAACGCUUGUGCGGUGCUUCAGGGGGUCAUGGAAGGAUUUUGCGGGUGCCUCACAACGGUCAGCACGUGGGUCGCGGAAAUCCAGGGACUUCGUCGAAGACAUGGUUGGAUCUAUGGUGCUGGCAGCGUGGCUGUCGCAUUGGCAUUACUGGUGGUGAUCAUGGGGUCGAUGGGAUGGACUGUUGGCUUUGUCCCACCGACUUGCAGCUGAGCAUACAUGUUUCACUCCUGGUCAGCGUCUGAAAAUGUACAGUGAUGUGCGAGUUCGAAGUCCUAUUUGGCAAAUCAAAAAGGGUUUUGAGGACAAGUCGAGUGGAUUCAGAUUACUUAGACGCCCUACUAGAAAUAGUCAAGCGCAGCGCCACUGUCCCACUUCAAGUUACAGGAAAGAAGAAUACAAAACAUGUGUCAUUUGAG